CAUUUCCAACCACGUGGCGCCGCUAACGUAGCAGCAGUCGGACGAGAGAAACGGAAAGAACCGCACCACCGUGUCCGCGAUACCGCCAUCAACCGCCAUUAAACCGGCGCCGGAAGCCGAAGGCGCCUCGCUCAGCAGUGUGUCGGCCAUUCAACUCGAAGGGGGGGGGAUGCAACACGACGGGGUGCGGCGCAUCUGUCCGCAUGUCGCCAUCGACACCAGAGCUGGCAGUGGCUACGUCUCCAACCAAAUUCGGACCUCCAAGUACACCAUUUGGAACUUCUUACCCAUCGGGCUGUACUUGGCCUUUCGACUGUCGACGAACUUUUACUUUUUGAUCAUUGCCGUGCUUCAAUCCAUGUCUGUCAUUUCGCCGCUGGGACCUAUGACCGCCAUUUUCCCGCUCGUGUUGGUCGUGUGCAUCAGCCUCCUUCGGGAAGCCAUCGAAGACCGAAAUCGGUGGCUAUCGGACCGAAAAAGCAACCUCAAACCCACUCGAGUGUGGCGCCAGGGUCAAGUUCUGGACGUCGUGUGGGAACAUAUUCAGGUGGGCGACGUGCUUCUAGUCCGCGACAAGGAAACAUUUGCUGCCGACGCCAUCGUGCUGUCGAGCUCGGAUGAAAACGGCGCGUGCUUGAUCGACACUAGCAACUUGGACGGCGAGGCCAAUUUGAAGCCCCGCAGCGGUCUCGCGUGCACCGCCAACUCACGGUUUCCGGAUGCCGUGCAACCGUCUUCCGGACACCUCCCCCGCUUUACCGUCCAAUGCGAACCCCCCGACGUGGACAUGUACAAGUUUACCGGGAUGCUGGAACUCGCGAAGGAAGUGCACGCGUUGGACGAGCAGCAAUUCAUUCCCCGGGGCUCGACGCUCAAAAACACGAAAUGGGUCGUCAUAGUCGUCGUGUACACUGGCCACGAGACCAAAAUGAUGAAAAAUGCCAAGGAGCCGCACCACAAGCUGAGCCACGUGGACGGGAUCUUGAACCGCGCGGUGGUGUUCAUUUUCGUGGCGCAAGUCACGCUGUGCGCCGUGGGGUCGGUCUGCCAUAAGCUGUGGGCGGCGCCGUUCGAAUCCGCCAUCAUGGACAAGCAGGCCGGCGUUGAGUCCGUUUCUGGAGUUCUCACGUUCCUGUCGUUCGUUGUGCUGCUCAACACGUUCAUUCCAAGCUCCCUCGUUGUCAGCGUCGAACUGAUUAAAACGAUCCAUGCAAAGUACAUUGGGUGGGACCGCGACAUGCGCAACCCAAAGGGUGAAGGCGCGACAGCCCUCACGUCGACGUUGGUGGAAGAGUUGGGCCAAGUCAAGUACUUGUUCUCCGACAAAACGGGCACGUUAACGCAAAACCUGAUGGAGUUCCGCAAGUGCAGUGUCAACGGGUGUGUGUACUCGUCCGCAGAAUUCGGCAGCAGCGCCAACGUGUUGUCGACAGUCACCAGUAUCAAUACCACCAACAACUACAACAACGGCAACGACGACGACGACGACGCCAAGGGUCUCAGGGUCGAGUCCACGUCGAGCCAAGCCGAGGACUGCAGAGUUUUUGGGUUAGACCAGUUGCGCCUCUGCGGGCACGACGCGUCGACACCCGAAGCCGCCUUCAUUCUGGCCAUGGCGCUGUGUCACACAGUCGUAUGCGAGUCCGACGCCGCUUCCCCCAACCUUGUGCAGUACAACGCCGACUCUCCAGACGAAGCUGCUCUUGUCAGAAGCGCCAAUUCGCUCGGGUUUCGGUUCCUCGGUCGAACUAACCGCAAGGCGGUGGUUUCAAAGGAGCAUUUGAAGAUCGAAACGGCGCGGAUGGAGUAUGACGUGUUGUACGUGCUCGCAUUCAACAGCAACCGCAAGCGCAUGUCUGUGAUUGUGCGCGAUCGACAGACCAACGCAAUCCGACUCAUUUGCAAAGGCGCGGACUGUGUGAUUCUGGACCGAUGUACCCACUUUGGGUCGCAGUCGAAAGGCGCGAUUGAAACACACUUGAAGGAUUUUGCAGGCGAAGGUCUUCGUACACUGUGCUAUGCAGACCGCGUCCUCGACGAAGUGACGUUUGACAAAUGGUGCAAGAGCUACCGGGAAGCUGAACUCGCCAUGAAGUGCCGCGAAGAAGCGAUGGAGGCCAUGGCCGGCGAAAUUGAGCAAAACAUGACAUUCCUUGCCACCACCGCCAUCGAAGACAAGUUGCAAGACGGUGUGCCAGACACGAUCGCGCGACUCCUUCGGGCUGACUUGAAGAUAUGGGUAUUAACUGGAGACAAAGUCGAAACCGCCGUGGAGAUUGGACGGUCGUGCCGAGUGAUUUCGAAAGACAUGGUCGAAAUGCACCUCGAAGGCACCACCGUGCCAGCGAUGGCCAAAAGUCUCGUCACAUUGGCGUCCACCCCGACUUUGAAACCGCGGGCGUUGAUUAUCGACGGGUUCUCGCUCUCGUUUGCGUUGAUGCCAUCGAAUCGGCAAAAUUUCCUCGCAUUUGCGACUCAGUGCGCGGCCGUGAUUGUGUGCCGCAUGUCCCCGCUGCAAAAGGCGCUCGUGGUGGAACUCGUCAAGGACGGCGUUGGGUGUGUGACUAUGGCAGUAGGCGAUGGUGCCAAUGACAUUUCGAUGAUCCGCGCGGCGCAUGUGGGGGUCGGCGUGAUGGGCCAAGAAGGCAACCAAGCCGUGCGCAGUGCCGAUUUUGCGAUCCCUCAGUUCCGACACUUGGACAGGCUUCUACUCUACCACGGACGGAUGUCGUACCUAAGGAUUACGCAGUGCAUCAACUACUUUUUGUACAAGAACGUCGUGUGCACAUCGCCCCAAUUCGUGUACGGCGCCGUGUCGCUGUUCUCUGGCACGACGUACUUUUCGUCGCUGUACAUUGCCGCGUUCAACUUGUGCUUUACGUUUUUACCCGUGGUGGCCCGCGCGAUCGUCGAGAAGACCCUGCCCGACCACAUUUCGACGCAGUUUCCAGAACUGUACCACAUUGGCCACACCAAAGUAUCCUCGCUUUUGUAUGUGUUUGCUUGUCCUCAACGUUCCUGAUGGUUCAGGUGUCGUUUUCACUGGCAACAGUGGCCAGUGUGGGGUUCGUCGGUGUAUUCCACGCGGUGGUGCUCACUCUGAUGCCGAUCUACUUUUUGGACCACCACCAAGGCGUGCUGCACGUCGACCAGUUCGCCGAUGGCGUCGCCACGUACAUUGGCAUCAUGUUAGUCACGUCCAUCACGAUCAGUUUGCAAACCAACUACUGGACCAACUUGACUGUGAUGGCGUACGGCGGAUCGCUCCUGGCGUUUGUCGGGUGCUCACUAGUGUACGACGGCAUGGAAGGCGACUUGUAUGGGUCGUGGAUACGCUUACUCGGCAGUGCCACGUUCUGGCUCACGAUAGGCCUGAGCAUCGUGUGCUGCGUCCUGCCGCCGCUCGUGCUGCAGGGGUAUCAGGAGAACUUUCUCGAGUACAAGUCCAACCCGGUCCAUAUUUUAAAACGCACCAAGCUGCGCAUGUCGAGUGGCCGCAGCACGCGAUGAAGUAGAAACUAUUAAUUAAUAAAUGACAACGAUCUUGUCGAUUUGAUACAA